AUGCAGCUCGGACAUCUUUCAAGCACCAUACAAUCUUUCUUUACCCUUUUCACGCAAAGUGAUCAGGAUGAAACCCAUGAGAAAGAAGUUGUGCAUUCACAUUCCGACAUUUCCAACGAGAAUUCACGUGUGAGCAUUGCAAAUCCACACAAAAGACCUAACGAUGACGGUGAGGAUACAACGACGGUAUCACGAAAACACGCACGGGUGGCAAUGGAUGAGAAAGACAAACGUCGCUUGAUGACUUUCAAUCAACAGUCUCGACAAAAGGUCAAAGAAACACAUAGCAAAACAAUCUCAUUCGUCAGAGUGAAACAACUCAACCCGCCAAAAGUCAGAUCUAUCAGUCAAAGCAUGGAUGGAUUUCACGUAGGCAGCGCUUCCGAUCUUGCGGAAAGAUAUCCUCAAUUAGAAUCACACAAUGUAUAUCAUCAACGUUUUCCAAUGGAUGGGAAAACGUUCUUGCCAUUUGUUAUGCCAUUCUCGACACCUUCACGUGGCUAUUAUAAUUUCAACAAUUUUCAAUCAAGGCCAAGAAAUAUGAGCAGAAGCUUUUAUCAAUCCGCAGAGUCUCCUCAACGAGCUCGUCCCCGUUUUCCUCCUCCACCUCCAUUAGUAACGAAAGAUGAUCUUAUUGACGAAUUUCUGAAAGAUGCAGAUCCAUUUCAAUGGAACAUUCCUAUUCCUUGUCACAUUAUUGAGAUGACACUCAAACCAGACGAGAAACAGAGUUCGACAACUCUUCUCAGUCAUGAUGAGAAACAGGAAGAAGGUCAAUUGGAUAUGGAUUGUGUGAAAUGA